AGCCCCGCCCUUAUUCUGUGUAAACCAAUCAAAAGACACCUUCAUAUGCGUUCAACCAAUGGACCACUCGAAUCCGAACUUCCUGUCUGUUUGCUCCUCCUCCUGAAGUGUCAACAAUGGCAGCCGAGGGAGAUUUUCUGACGCGCUACCGGGCGGUGUCAAAUAAACUGAAAAAACGCUUUCUGCGAAAACCUAAUGUCGCUGAAGCAAGUGAACAGUUUGGUCAGCUGGCCAAAGAGCUCAAACAGCAGGACUGUCCUCAGUAUGCUGCCUUCUGUAAUCUCGCAAUGGCCCGCUGUGAACAGACCCUCUUCAAUGCUCCAGGAGAAGCCCUGGCAUUGACAGAUGCAGCUCGACUCUUUUUGGCCUCGGAACAGGAAACCAGAGCGCUGAGGGCUCCUGGCUUUGAUGAGAAUAUGCAGGCAGCCAUGAACUGCUAUAGUUUUGCUAUUAAGGUCUAUAUUGAGAUGAAUCAGCCUGUUAUGGCGGCCAGUCUCUCACUGGAGCUUGGCAAUGCUCUGAAGGAGAUGAACAGACCCGGGGAGGCGAUAGUUCAUUUCCAGAGAGCUGCAGAACUGCAGAUUCAGACUCCAAUUGAGGCCCUGCUGUCACUGUGGGAAAUGGCUUCCUGCAAAAUACUGACCCGUGAUUAUGAUGGCGCUCUUGCCGUUCUCUCUGAGAUGCAGCACAUGUGUCAGGAACGAGGACUACAGCUACCCGGGACAAACACCCCUGUCGGUGCAUUUAUGGAUAUCAUAGCAAAGUGUGAAAUCUCCAGGGUAUUACUUCUUAUGCUGCUUGAGCCUCCCCCUCAAAAGCUAUUACCCGAGCAUGCUCAAACACUAGAGCGAUACGCCUGGGAAUCCUUCGACUCACAUAGUCAGGUAAACUUCCUUCCAGAAAAUGUGUUCCUCCUUCUACAGUCGGUUGUGAUGGCCUGUCAGGAAAAGGACACAGAAUCUCUUAAGGCUCUCCAGACAGAACUAUGGCCUCUGCUUUCGGCAGAACAGAAUCAUCUCCUCCACUUAGUUGUUCAGGAACGAAUUACACCCUCCGGUCAGGGCAUAUGAUUCAGUGCAAUACACCCCCACAAAACAGAUCUUAUUGGAACAUUCCUAUGCUAGUGCCUGGUGCAUUUUGCAUGAGGACUGUAGAAGGUCACUGAACCUUACAGAGCUGUACAUGCAAAAGGUUUCAUUGCUUUUGUGAUAUAAAUGUACAUUUUAUUCACCAUUUUCAUAUAAUGGCAAGAUAUUGUGUGAUAAAGUUAAAUGAUUGUGUUAAAGCUUAUUUAAAGUUGUUAAAUAUUGA